CCGUUUCUCACAGAUCUGUACAUAAAAAAGUACAGUAUCUUUUUCAUUUCAAAUUUCAAUUUGCAAAUAUUCAAGAUUCAGUAUUCAAUUUUCAUUUCCCGGGCUUUCGAAAAUAGAGUUCAUUAAUAAACCCUUCAGAGGAACCCAUCCAAGCUCUAUUCUUCUUCAUUUUCCCCUCUGUCUCUCUAAACUGUUACUCUGCAGCCACAAAGGACGUCGAUGGCAGAUUCUGCUAGUGGGAAUCUCAAUCGGUUUCUAAAUCCAUGGGUUCUUCACUUCCAAAAACUGGGUUUAGAACUCAAAUGUCCCUUAUGCUUAGAUCUCCUCAACAAACCAAUUUUACUUCCAUGCCAGCAUAUUUUCUGCAGUUCUUGUAUUUCAAAUUCUUCACAGUUCAGGCAAAAUUGCUUCGUCUGCCAAUCGCCUUACGCAGAUCUAGAUCUAAGGUCAGCUGCUCACAUGGAAAACAUUGUCAAUAUCUACAAAAAUAUGGAUGCGGCGUUUAGCACAAGUCGCUCGCAAUCCUGUUCUCAGUCUCAUACUUCUGAUGGAAAGGAUCCUAUGACUCAAAGCCUUGAUUCAGCUAAUACAGUUGCUAAGAUGCAGAAGGCUGUAAAGGAGACAUUUCCAAACAAACAAGUUCAAAAUCCUUUGUGCCAAACUGAAAAUGUUGGACCAUUGGUAUCUGGAUUUAAAAGGAAAAAUAGUGUGACCAAAAUUGGUCAACAUACGUUACCUGAUAGCCCUCCAUCCUUUGGUGUUUCUAAGGAUUCGGAUGAUGAUAGUAGUGGUCAUGGCGGUCAAAAUGGUGCUGUGAGAUUACAAACGAUGGACAAAACAGCAGAAGAAUUAGAAAAUCAAGCAAAUUGUGACAGAGAAACAAAGAAGCAAAAGUUGGAGUCCAAGUCUUAUAAUGUGUCUGCUAAUGGGAUGAAUCCUAAGCCAGGGUACUCUGAUUCAGAUGGUGGAUGUAAAUUAGAAGGAACCCUUUUUGGUGCACAACAAGCUAGUACUUCAGUCUGUCUGGAUGACAACUCAGCUUUUGUCUGUGCAUUUUGCCAAAGCUCAAAAAUAUCAGAGGGUUCUGGAUCCAUGCUACACAUUGCCAGUGGAGAAGAAGUAGUAGGGGAUGAGGCAUCACAACCAGAUGUGAUACAUGUUCACCGGAAAUGCAUUGACUGGGCACCUCAAGUGUAUUAUGUUGGAGAGACUGUAAAGAACUUGGAACUGGAGCUCACAAGAGGUUCAAAGCUCAAAUGUAGCUGUUGUGGGCUGAAGGGUGCAGCUCUUGGCUGCUUUAUACGUUCCUGCAGGAAUACGUAUCAUGUUCCUUGUGCAUUUGCCUUUCCAGGUUGCCGGUGGGAUGAUGAAGGCCAUCAAAUGCUAUGUCCCAGUCAUUCUCAUAAUAAGUUUCCACAUGAGAAAACCAAGAAGGGAAAGAAGCUAACGAAAAACAAUACUUCAACUGUUCAAAGGGAAAAUGGGCAAACAAAGGUUUGGGCUGCAUCAGCUGCUGCCACUAGUAAAUUGACUCUCUGCGGGUCUUCCCUUUCAGUCGAAGAGAAGAAUCUAUUGGCCAACUUUGCUAGAAUAUCUGGCACAACCAUUUCCAAAAAUUGGAAGCCAAAUGUGACCCAUGUGAUUGCAUCCACUGAUGAGAGGGGUGCUUGCAGCCGCACUUUAAAAUUCCUCAUGGCCAUUUUAGAUGGAAAAUGGGUUCUCAAAAUGGAUUGGAUUAAAGCAUGUAUAGAAGCAAUGGACUUAGUUGAUGAAGAACCUUAUGAAGUUGGACUUGAUAUUCAUGGAUGUGUGGAUGGGCCCCGAAAUGGUAGAUUGCGAGUUAGUGAAGGGGUGGCAAAACUCUUCAGUGGCCUGCGCUUCUAUUUCAGUGGUGAAUUUGUUCCAUCGUACAAAGAAUCCCUUCAAGAACUGGUUUUAGCUGCGGGAGCUACUGUAUUGACAAAGAACUCUUUAGUUUCAGGGAUUAGUAAUGAAGGAGAACGUUCUUUGAAGACUUUGGUUGUUUAUAGUCUUGAUCUCCCUCCAAACCUUGAAUCAGAGGAAGCAUCUUUUUUGAUUAUUGAGGAAAGGCUCAGAGAAGCAGAAGCUCUUGCUGAACAGUUUGGAACCUUGGUUAUUGGUCAUACAUGGAUAUUGGAAUCAAUAGCAGCUUCUAAGUUGGAGGCAGUUGCUUAACGAAAAGGGGACUUGAGAUGGUAGGGUAGAGAGGAUACCGUUAGAAGUCGAAAUCUCUUGUUUUUUACUUUUAUUAUCUGCGCAAUCAUAAAAAUAUGGUAGUUUGCAUUUUGUACGUUUUUGUAACGU